AUGCUUAUGUGGCUAGUGCUUGGUGUAGCAGCAGUUUGUGCGAGGCGACACGUGGACACGAGUCCUCACCGCGACGUGGUUACCACGCAGGGUACCGUCCGCGGGUACCUCUCCCCCGACGGCUACGCGUACCUCGGAGUCCCCUACGCGCGCCCACCCACGCGCGAUCGCUUUAAGAAUGGUCUGUCAUCCGCCGAAGUAUCUAUACGUGCGAAUCUAACCUCAUUCCUACCAAAGGCCCCGGACCCGCCGCCGCGCUGGGACGGCAUCUUCGAGGCGACGCACCGCGUGAGCUGCCACCACGCCACCACUGGCGCCAACUGUCUCGUAGUCAACGUGUUCACACCAGAGCACGGCACAUCGCUGCCUGUCCUCGUGUAUAUCCACGCCGGAGGCUUUCAGACCGGACGGGGCCCCCACUACCCACCUUCGCGUAUCCUUCAUAAGGGUAUCGUGGUUGUAACGCUUAACUACCGUCUCGGUGUCCGCGGUUUCCUUUGCCUUGGACUACCUCAAGCCUCAGGAAAUGCUGGGUUAAAAGACCAAGUGGCAGCACUUUAUUGGAUUCAACGAAACAUUGCCAAUUUCGGUGGGAAUCCCCAUGACGUCACUGUGUAUGGGACCGAGGCAGGCGCCGCGUCCAUACAGAUCCUACUAGUGUCUGAUAUUACUGAAGGAUUGUUCCAGAAAGUUAUUAUGGAAAGUGGGUCUGUAUUAUCACCUUCAACAUUGACUUACAAUCCAAUUAGCAAAGCAUUAGAUGCAGCUAGAAAAUUUGGGUAUGAAGAUAAUGAAGACCGUGUGAAAUUGCUUAAAUUCUACCAAAAAAUUUCAGAGAAGGAACUGUCAUCAUUAACAGAAAUAUUUCUACCGUGUGUUGAAAAUGGUUCUUAUUACUCCAACACAUUGCUUGAGGAUGACCCAAAAAGUUUAAUAAUGCAAGGAAAGUUCCGGCAAGUGCCAAUGCUAAUUACUUAUACAAACUCUGAUGAUUCCAUAAAUGUUGAUACAUUUAACACAUUUCCAGAUAACUUUGAUCAAUUGUUACCAAACAAUCUAAACUUUGAAAGUAAUAAAAUAAGACAUAGAGUAGCCGAGUUGGUGAAGGAAUUCUAUUUUGAAAAUAAUAACCAAAAUUUGGUCCAAAAGUUUUUGAAAUAUUCAAAUGAUUUAUUUAUCGGGUAUCCUGUAGUAAAAUCAGCUUUAUUACAUGGUUUAAAAAAUACUCACCCAGUGUUUCUCAUGAGACUUGACAACAAUCAUGGUGGAAGAGAAAAUACAUCAAAACAUUUUCAAAAUAUAUUUGACUAUAUUUAUAAUAAAAACAAUAAUAAACUUGAAAAGGAAAGAAUUGCCAAUAUGUUGUUAAAGCUUUGGACUAAUUUUAUUAAGUUAGGGGAUCCAACUCCUCUAACAACUGAACUGAUACCUGUGAUAUGGCAACCCGUAGUCCCUGGAGAGCCUGGGCACAGACUAGACUUAGCUACAAUCAGGGAAUUGGUGGUUGGCAAAACGAUAGCCAUGACAGAACCUGCGUCAAGCCAAUAUUUGGCAUUCUGGGACCAUGUUUAUAAAAAGUUUUACAAGUUUUACAAAGAUUAUGAUUAAUGUUGAUAAAUUAUAAGAUUGCCUAUUGUUUUUUAUUUAUAAAAUUUUGAUUACAUAUAUGUGUCUGUAUGUAAAAUUCUUAGAAUUUCUUACAGGAAAUAACACCUGCAGAAAAAUAGACAAAUAAAUAUAUGAAAAACUAAUUGCAAUGUAAAGAUUAAAUUUUAUGUGACUUUAUAAGACUUUUAAAAUGGUCUCUUAACUAAUUAGACGAAGAAUAAACCACACUAACACAGUAGACAGUAAGUUAAUGGUGUUGAACAGGAUGUACACCCCGAAGUCCAACACAAGACAAUAAAUAAGAUAAAGAAUUGCUUACAUAAAGUGAAGAAUUCAAUAAAAUGUUCAGGAUUGAUAAAACAUGGAAAUGUAUAAAAUGUACAAUAUCUUUUAUCUCUACAUGUUUUUGUUUUGAUUUUGUUUUUAUAUCUUAAAAUAUCUAUCUUUGCGAGUUCAACAAAUUUAGAUCUUUUUGGUAAUUUGUAUGAAUCAUUGUUUUGGCACAGAUAACAGACAAACAGGAUCCAGUGUUACAACACAUACUAAUUAGUACAAUUACAGACAUACCUAAUAAUAAAAAGAUUUGUGGAAGUGGAGGAGACUGACAUGUAAAAAAGGUUCUAGGUUUCUCUUAGAGGAGAAAAUUUAUGUAAGCCACAUAUUGUCUUGGGUGUAAAUGUAAGUGUAUGUAAGAACAACGGUUUGUGUAAAAGUUCCUCAUAGUUUGAUACCUAUGAUACAAAAUUUGCAAUAUAUUAGGUUAAAAUGCUAAAUGUAUUUUUUUUUGUUUAAUACAUUUAUUCCUUUGACUUGCGAAUAAUCAUAAUACGUUAAUUAACCUAUUAAAAACUACUCUUCAAACUGAUAAACAUAUUAAUAUGAUUCUUAAAAGAAAAAUAU